AUGGCUGAACGCACUAUAAAACACGGUUUUGCAAAAGAAGCAUUCGAUAAAAUUCAAUCAAAAUAUGAUGUUGCACAGGCUCAUGAAGCAUUAGAAUGGGUUAGUGAAAUGAUUGGUGAACAAUUUGAUACUAAUGGUGAUAUGGAUAAUGUCUAUACUCAAUUAAAGGAUGGUCGUAAACUUUGCCAAUUGAUAAAUGCAAUUACACCAAAUUCUAUAUCAAAAAUUAAUAGCGGUGAAAAUAGUUUUAAACUCAUGGAGAAUAUUUCCCGUUUUGCUGAAGCAGCUAAAAACUUUGGAUUAUCUGAUGCUGAAACAUUUCAAACGGUUGAUCUUUAUGAAAAAAUGAAUCUUCAUCAAGUUAUUCUUUGUCUUUUUGCUCUCGGUCGAAAAGUUCAAAAACAAGGAAUACGUGGUUUAGGUCCAAAAGAAAGUGAAAAAAAUGAACGUCGAUUUUCAGCAGAAACAAUCAGUCAAGGAAAUGCAGUCGUUAGCACACAAUAUGGAUAUAACAAAGGAGCAACACAAUCCGGCAUUAUUUUUGGCAAUACACGUCAUAUGUAA